AUGAGGCGCAGAAAGAUCGCGGUGGCCGCCGGCUGCUGCCUCUCCUUCUUCCUGGGCACUUUGCUGAACGUGUUGUUCAUCCCGGGCUUUGAUCCUCACCAUCAGCAGCCGCGGCGCGGGGUCACCCCGGCGUUUGCGGGCUCGCCUUUGUACUGGCCAGGGGAGGACCGCGAGAGCCAGCGCUUGGAGUUAGCCCGGCAGAUCAGGGAGCGCUACGAGGAGGUGGUCCGCUACCAGAAGCACCAGGCGCCCGCGGCUGCUGCCAGGCGGCUGGUGAGACCGCUGGAGCGGCGGCUGAUGGACCUUGCCCAGCAGCGGACCUCCUCGGAGCAGACUCUUCGGCUGGAGAAGGGGAAAGCGCCGCAGGCUGAAAGCCGCGGGGGCUCCUAUCCCGAAGCCAAAGUAGACCUGGCUCUGAACCCCCCUCUGCUGGGGUGCCGAGACAUCCACAAUGUCACCAGCCUGCAUUACUUGGGCUCCGGCUACACCAAAGCUGUCUACAAGGUCGUCCUGAACCGCACGCUGGCCGUGGCGCUGAAAUCGGUCGAUUUUGGGGGGCACGACAUCGAGAACUGCGUGAAGCAAUACGCGGCGUUAGAAGAUUGCUACCGGCUAGCCUCCUACAAAAUCGUCAAGGAGAUGAUCCUCCUGCAAAGGCUGCAGCAUGCCAACAUCCUCCAGCUCUAUGGCUACUGUUAUCAGGAUAGCAAUGACAUCCCAGACACGCUGACUGCCAUCACUGAGCUAGGCUCACCACUGGAGAUGAUUCAGCUUUUACAGACCUCUUGGGAGGACAGAUUUCGAAUAUGUCUCAGCUUAGUUCGGCUUUUGCAUUAUUUGGCUCACUCUCCGCUUGGCUCCGUGACGCUGUUGGAUUUUCGCCCUCGACAGUUUGUGAUUGUAGAUGGAGAGCUGAAAGUGACAGAUUUGGAUGAUGCCAGCAUAGAAGAAAGCUCUUGUACCAGUAACCGUGACUGUUUUAUAGAGUUUCCAGCAAGAAAUUUCACUCUUCCCUGCUCUGUGGAGGGCCGAUGUCGAAAUAUGAAUGAAAAGAGGAAUCUUUACAAUGCAUACAGGUUUUUUUUUACAUAUCUUCUGCCACACAGUGCUCCAUCCUCCUUAAGACCAUUAUUGGAUAUGAUAGUCAAUGCGACAGGAGAACUCCACUGGGGAAUAGAUGAAACAGUGGCUCAGCUAGAAAAAGUUUUGCAUUUAUACAAGAGUGGCACAUACCUACAGAACACUACAUGGAUGCCGAAAGCUGAGUACCAACAGAUACCUGAAGCUGCUAUUCCCGAUGAGAACUACAGGUGCUGGCCUUCUUACCAUCACAAGGGCUGCCUCCUCUCUGUGUUCGAUGUCGGCGAAGCCAUCGAGGUCUGCGAGAAUCACUCCCAGUGCAAAGCUUUUGUCCUGACCAACCAGACAACGUGGACAGGUCGGCAGCUUGUCUUCUUCAAAAUGGGCUCAAAUCAUAUUGUGCCUGAUCCUGACAAGAUAACAUAUGUGAAAGUGACAGGCUGA